AUGAAAAACUUGAAAAGGCAAUGGGUGUUUAUAAAUAUACCAGGCAUUAAUUUUGGUCGCAGCUCAUAUGGUCAGAAUGUAACCUUAGUAGACGUCAGCUCAGAUGUCUUGAAAAAAUCAGAAAGCAACAUUCAAAACAGUCUUGGUCGCGUCGCUAAAAAACUACACAAAGACGACCCAGCUGCAGGAAAAAAGUUAGUAGAUGAUGUACUAUCUCGCAUCCAGUACACAACGGAACCACAAAAGGGAGUACAAAAUGCAGAUCUGGUCGUAGAAGCCAUCAUAGAAAAUAUUGAUAUUAAACACAAAUUAUUUAAGAGCUUAGACGAAGCUGCACCAGAAAAAACUCUAUUCGCCUCCAAUACUAGUUCUUUAUCUAUCGCAGAAAUCGCGUCUGUGACAAAACGGUUAGAUAAAUUCGGAGGACUUCAUUUUUUCAACCCCGUACCAAUGAUGAAACUUUUGGAAGUCAUAAGAAUUCCUGAAACCAGUGACGAAACCUACAAUUCCAUGAUGGCUUGGGGCAAGUCCAUCGGCAAAGUCUGCAUCACCUGUAAAGAUACUCCUGGAUUUGUCGUAAAUAGGUUGCUGGUUCCUUAUAUUGCUGAAGCAGUUCGUAUGUUGGAAAGAGGGGACGCAUCUGCUCAAGAUAUCGACACAGCAAUGAAACUAGGAGCUGGAUAUCCAAUGGGGCCUUUGGAACUAGCUGAUUACACUGGUUUAGACACUGGUGUGUUCAUCCUCGAAGGUUGGCACAAAAAAUUCCCCGACAAUGCACUUUUUAACCCAGUAGAGCUCCAAAACAAACUUGUAAAAGAGGGCAAACUGGAAGAAAGAGUGGGAGAAGGAUUUUAUAAGUACACAAAAUAAUAAGAUAUAAGUAUUUUUGUUACAUUGAUUUUAAAUAUAUUUUUGUUAAUUUU